AUGGAGUCAAUAAGAUGUGAUGACAAGAAAAAAGAAGACGAGGUGAAAUGUAAAGCUAAAGGUCGCGAGUUUCUUGCUUCGUUCUGUUCACCCGAUGAAGAUGAAUCCGAUCAGGAUUAUCACACGAAGACUACUGGGGAGAUUUUGCCAUUUUCAACUUAUACAUCACCUAUACUUAAAGUUUCCCCACGUGACAAACUAAAUGCUCUUAGAAGCCCAGACCGAAAUCAAGGAUAUUCUCUGGUUCGACCAAGGAGAAUGGCUCAAACAGUGUAUAGAACUAGUAAAUUGGCAACACAAUUGACCAGGACACAAAGUAUGCUGUCCCCUGUUGCUACCAAAUUGAUGAGGUUAAAGCACAAGAAUGACAGAACUCCCAACACACUGUUACGUAUUGAGAGGCAUCGACAGAAUGAAAGAGUCCGUCAUCACUCUUUGAAUAAGUCUAUGAUGAAUGUUUGCAAUAAGGUUCCCGGAAUUGGAAACUUCCUGAAAGAAACUAAGGUAGUGAUGAUGCAAAGGAUCAUUGCUUAUAUCUGCUACUUAGAAAAUACUUUACAAAGUGUUUGUGACAACUUGGGACUCAGAAUUUCACAACUCAGACUUCCUACAAACCUCCUCACAGAACAGUGGCAGCCUAAUGCAGAUAGGUCAAAAGCAAAGGCGUCGACUGUUGGAUGUUCCAAACCUAGCAGACUAAGAGUAAAUUUAAAAGAAAGUAUUGGCUCAUGUAUGAGACCAUAUCGUACACGGAAUAAGUUGUUAAAGCGGCUGGAACCAGUUGCCAAACGUCAUCUCAAGGUGUCCUCCCCUACCAUUGACUCCACCACAGACAACACCACACUGGAACUCAACCAGAAUCUGUCAGACACUUGCAGUUUUGAACUUCCACAAGUAAAGGAGGAACCUGUAGAUUGCCACAGUUCCAGUGGUACGAUGGAUUUUCAGCGUAUUGAGAAACCUUAUGGAGAUGACAUGGAUGUUUUCCUUGAUCACAAUGCAUGUGCUGCACCAUCCAGUAUAGAGGACACACCUGCUUACUUUACUGAAGACUUCCUUCCAACAUCAACAACCCUUGACAAUUUCCCUGAUGCCUUUGAGUUGAUGUCUAGUCCUCUUGGAGCUAGGUCUAAAUAUGUCUUGCUUAGUCCUAAACUACGGGCAAUGGACAGCCUCACAGAUUUCGGAAUUAGAAGUGACAAGAAAGACUUUGUUGAGCAAUGGGAAAACAUCCAUGAGAUGAGGACCAUAUCCCCAGAAUGUGUCCUUCCAACCACUCCAAGCCCUCAUGUCCAUUCCAUGCUGCAUGACAGCUGUGGCUUCAGGACCUUUCACCAAGUGACUCCAUACCAGUCAUCAAAUGAUGAUAUUCUUCGUACACCAGACAAGAGCACCUUAAAGCUGAAGAACAAACGAAAGCAAUACACCCCUCACCGGUCACCAUUCCAUAAUCUCACAAACUUUAGCAGCCAGUCCACUAUGGCAUCUACAGACAGUGAAGAAGACCAGCCUUUGUCUGUGGUGCUUCCCAAGCACAAGAAGCCAAAGUCUCAUCUUCCUUUGGUCAGACCUUCCAAAAUCGAUGAAGAUUUUGUCUCCUAUGUACCAUACAUCUGGAAGUUUCACAAUACUGCAAUCACACGCAGACAAAAAGCAGAGGCAGCCAGGCUGGAGGCUCAGCUCUUCUCAUCCUCCUCCUCAGACAUUCGUCAGGCAGAUCAAAGGCACGACAAGCACUUGGCAGUUACCAGACCCAAUAAAAUUGACCAUCGGAAAACAACCUGGAUGAAUGGCUUCAUGAUGUUCAGCAGACUUAACAGGAGGACAUUUAUUGAUGCUAACCCUGGUAUCCACACAUCUCAUAUCAGUAAAAUGAUGGGCCAUGCCUGGAGAAACAUGUCUCCACAGGAACAACAGCCUUACAAGGAGAAAGCCAAAGACUAUGCUCGGCAUAUGCAACCUUGUGAUGGGAAGGUUCCAUUACAGGAUGAUGUACCCCGAACACCUGUGGUAUCCAGCAGUGGCCUUAAUGUCUCUCUGAACAACAGUGAUGCUGACGAAGAAAAAGUUUCAUGCUCAAUCCUCGAAUAG